ACCCACCAGUUCUCAGCAGGAUGGCUUCUUCCCGGCUGCUCCUCCUUUGCCUCGCUGGACUGGUAUUUGCGUCUGAGGCUGGCCCUGCGGGUGCUGGUAAAUCCAAGUGUCCUCUGAUGGUCAAAGUCCUAGACGCCGUCCGGGGCAGUCCUGCUGUGAACGUGGCCGUGAAAGUGUUCAAGAAGGCUGCUGACGACACCUGGGAGCUGUUUGCCUCGGGGAAAACCAGUGAAUUUGGGGAGCUCCAUGGGCUCACAACAGAGGAAAACUUUGUAGAAGGAAUAUACAAAGUGGAAUUAGACACCAAAUCCUACUGGAAGUCACUUGGCAUUUCCCCGUUCCAUGAAUAUGCAGAGGUGGUGUUCACAGCCAACGACUCUGGCCCCCGCCACUACACCAUCGCGGCCCUGCUCAGCCCCUACUCGUACUCUACCACGGCCGUCGUCAGCAGCCCCAAGGAGUGAGGGACGCCUGCCUCAGUGGACUUGAAGGAUGAGGGACAGGAUUCCGCGUAACCAAUGUAUUCCAUUUUUAUUAAAGCAGUUUUUUCAAUUUAUAAGCUAUGUUAGAAACUCAAGCAGAGACAAUAAAACAUUCCUAUUAAAGCA